UGAACUAUGUGAAGAGUUGAAAGAGGCUAAAGACCAGAAUGAACUUUUAGAGUUUCGUGUCCUGGAGUUGGAGCAGGCUAAUAAGAUAAUAGAAAAUAAACUUCUCUUCGAGAAAGGAGUAAAUACAGAGCCAUCUGAUGGAAAUAUAGAGAAUAUUAUUCAAAAUGACAGUGGUUUAGCUUUUGAUGACGUCAUCAAGAAUUAUAAGGAAAUGGAAAUAAAGGCAGAAACAUUUAACGAACUGAGCGAAAAACUAAAGAAUGUAUAUUAUAAAGGGAUGUUCUCUUCCGACGAAAGGUCAGUGUUAGCUCAGACCAUUGGCUUCCUGGAGACAUGCCAUACACAUAUGAAGGAAACGGUUGCAGCUUUGGAGGAGAAAAUAAACGAUUUGGAAGGGGAAAAGAAACAGCUGUUUACAAUUCGCCCUCCAGAGGACCUCAUUGAAGACUACGAAAGGUGUAAAAUACAGCUGGAAGAAACCCAAAAGAUACUCACUAGCACACAAGAAGAGCUGGAAGAGGUCCAGAAACGGGAAGCUACUUUGAAUCAGAUGGAGGAGAUGAACCAACAGUGUGUGGGGCAUCUUAGAAACGCCUUUAAAGAUUUACAGUCUCAAUUAGCUAUUGCCACUAGAGGUCAGGACGCUCAAGCUGCCCUUUUAAAGGAACACAUAGAACACAUUAAUAGUCUUAAAACACAACUAGAAAAUACCGAAGAAGAAAGUAAAAAGCACCACGAGAAAGUACAACAUCUAAUGAAAGAAAACAACUCGUUAAAAGAAGCACUAGAAAAACUCGAAGCAGUUAGUGAAACCGAUGGCCAAAAAAGUAACUUAUCAGCCUUGCCAGAAAGACAGGAUCUGGCAUCUCCAGAAAUUCAAAACGAGAGGUUGCAAGAAAAGCUUAGGGAUGUAUGUAAAUCAUGCGAUCAUCUUAGACAAGUACUCAAUGAUUAUGAGAGGAUAAAUAAUGAUUUAAGUGGAAGAUUAACAACUGUCGAGAAGUCAGAACAAGAACUUGUGGAGAAGAAUCUUCGAUUAUAUAUAGACUACGUGUCAGCUAGAGAAGAUAUAGAGAAACUCCUUUUACAACUUGACCAUCGGCCAAGUUUGUCUGGUACUUCUGUUAAUACCAAUAAAGAUGUAGAUCGGCUCCAUGAAGUUUUCCCUGAUGAGCCAGAUUCCAUGGGAACUGCAACUAGUGAAGACGAAGGUCUUGGCGAUGACAGUAGACGAGGAGAUUCUACGGGUCCAAGUAGUCUUACUGAUCUUCAUGAAUCUGAAGAAGAUCUUUUGUCCAAGUCCUCGGAUUUGGAUUUUGGCGAAAACCGUGUUUUGGAACACUCAAAACCACAGGAAUUCGAACAGAUGAGGUCGAGAUUUCAGCAGAUGGACAGUUUACAACAAAAAGAAAAACAACUGUCUGAUUGUCUCAAGCAUUCAGAGACUUUGGUUAUGGAGUUACAGGAAAAACUGAAAGUAAAAGAAGCACAGAUCUGUAAACUUUUAUCUGAAAACUGUACAACUCAUCAAAGUAAAUCUGAAGAAAUAAAGAAAUGGCAACUGGAGAUGGAAAAGCAGCAAGCUAAGUUUGAAGAUCAACAAAAACAUUUAGUUGCAAUACAAACGGAGAAGAAGGAACUCCAAGAGCAAUUAUUAGAGCUUGAAGAAUCUGAAAAUGAUGCCAGAUGUGGGGAACAGAAGUUACAAGAGCAGUUGAAGAAUUUGUUAGAGAAACAGAAGAGAUUAGAAGAAAAACUAUCCGAUAGAAACAGAGAUUCUGAAGUCGCCCGUAAGCAGCUGAUGGUGGCAGAAGCAACAGAGAACGAGCUUCGUUCGCAGAUAACUUACAUGGAGACAUUGGUUCAGAAAUAUGAGGUUCAUAUUCAAGAUCUCGAAUCGUCUGAAACAGAACUUCAAAAAAAGGUUUUCAGACUUGAACAGAUGUUACAUCAAGCUACUGAAGAAAAUCUUCGUAUACAGCCCACCACAUUAAAGCAGCAUUCCGAGUAUUCAAAAAACACAGAUUCUUCAGAAAUUCUGGACACCGUGAACUCACAGAGGUACACGCCGUCUGAAAUUUGCUCUGUAGAAGUACAGGUUGAUAUUAAUAGAGUUAAUUGCGCCAAAUCAAUGUCAGAUCAAUCUACUCAAACUGAGUAUGGUUCGUGCAGCCACGAGUUAGGAAAAAAUCCACUGUACACACUUGAGUCCGUUUUUUCCCACCCUUCACUUUGUGCAUCCUCUGAGGUGUUGAGCGAGAAACAAAAAGCUUUAUUGGUCCGGCUGAGGGCGUUAGAAGCAGAAGAUUCUGUGCUCAGAGAACAACUUCACCAGAUGGAUGGUUUAAAUCUGGUUCUUUGGCAGAAAUUAUAUGAUUUAGGUAACGAUGUAGGAGCUUGUAAGAGGGAGAACGUAAGCUGGGAAAUGUCAUUUCAAAAAGGAAGUGAAGAAAAACACUACAAAGCCACAGCUCGACUCGAUGAUCUUUUAACUACAAAAAAUGUUGGCUCUUUUGACAAAGAGAUGCAAAGCUCUCUUCCUGUACAAUUAGAGGUGACGACUAGUAGUAAGUUAGAACACAGACAUGAACAUAUUCUUUCUAGACUAUUAAGCUUAGAAGGAAAUGAACAGAAACUUAAAGAAAGACUUUGGGAGCUAGAAAAAAUUAACCACGAAUUUGAAAAAGAACUUGAGAUAAGAGAGAAACUUUACAAAGAAAAAGAUAAACAACAACAGAAAUGGAUGCAAGAAGAAAAAAUACUUAAAGAAACAAUUCAGACAUUGAAUGGAGAAAAGACUUUACUGUUUCAAAAAGCUUCAUUGCUAGAUUUAGAAAAAAAGAACCUUGAAAAAGAAGUUGAAAACAUCCAGAAAACACUUCAAACCCUAAAGUUAGAACACGCUAAAGAACUGGAAGAUUUAGAACACAGACAUAGUCAGGAGGUUGCAAAUCUUCGAACUAAGAUAAAGGAUUUAGAGAAAACAAUAGAAGAAAUCACAAAACAAAUAAGCCAAUGCCCUGAAAAAGAAGAAAUAGUAAAAAAUGAAUCGAUUAAAAAAAUCCGUGAUGUAGAAGUUUGUGCAAGUAGUUUGGAAGACUUACAAACUGAACAAGAUGACCAAAAAGACUUGGAUGAACAAGUUGAGCAAAAUAAAAAACAACUAGAAGCACUCAAAGAAACGCAUAAAUCAGAGAUAAAACUCCUAAAAUCUCAACACUUGGUUAAAGAGUCAACGUUGGAAGAAGAAAUAAAGGAGCUACGUCUUCAAGAACUGAAUCUUAAUGAAGAAAUUGCGUCACUUCGUGAGAAACAGUCAAAAUUAGAAAAAGAUUUAGAGGCAAAACAAAAUGAACUUGAACUCUGUAACCAGCAGUAUAAAAAUUCCACGAAACUUUUAGAAGAAGAGAAUCAUUUGGUUGAAGCAGAGUUGAAAUGGAAGUUAAAAGAAAUGGAGGAGAGCACGACAAUUACUGUAACUGCAUUGAAAGAAGAGAAACAGAAGCUAGAACUGAAUCUCCAAACUGACUUGGAAGAUCUACAUUCUAAAGAAAAAACAUAUAAAUUUCGAAUAUCAGAAUUAGAGAAACAAGUUUUGGAACUUAAAAGUGAAAUUGGUAAGCUAACUGAAGACGUUUCUUCCGUAACAACAAGUGAGAUAGAUAUUAACGAAGAGGGUGGAAAAUUGGUUUACGUAUCAGAAAGAGAAAAAUUACUUCAACAAAGGCUCGAAGAAAUGGAAAAGAAGGAAGCAGCAUACAGGGAAACAUUAGAAAGUGCUGACAAGAUUGUCGCAUCUUUAGAACGUGGAUAUAAGGAAAAAAUUGACGAAUUAGAAAGGUCAGAACGGAACUUAAAACUGCGCGUCUCUCAUUUGGAAGAUAUCGAAAGUCGUCUUCGUAACGCAUUAAAAUACGAGCAGAGAGGAACCGAUGUUCGUAGGAGUAGCGACUUGUUGGAGGAACUAAUGGAAGCCGAGGCUAGAGAGAGUGAACUCAAGGAUAAAGUUUGUGAGCUGGAGAACACGGAGAGAAACUUGUUGCUUAAAAUUAAAGGAAUAGCAAAGUCGCAAGAAGCACUAAAAGAUGAAUUAAAGGAAAAAGACGACAUGACGCAGAAUUUGGAAAAUUUACGGCAAGAAAGAGAAAAUCUAAAAAAGGAACUUGCCAGAAUUCAUAGAUCGGAAAAUGCCCUUAAAGAAACUCUGGAAGAAGCUGAUAUAAUCCUUCUGCAACGGGAGACGGAGUUGAACCAAAAGAUAAUAGAAUUAGAAGAGGAAAAGAAAGAGCUAGAAGACACUGUCAUUCAACUGCGAAAAGACGUAAAGCAGUUAAAAGAUCGCAUUGAACAGGAUAUUAACAAACAAAUAACUCUCAGCUGUGAGCCAUUCCCUCUGUUGGAUUCUGAAUCUGAAGAACCUCCAGUGAGAAACGAAGAAACGUUCUAUACUUGUGGCAGACAGGAUUGGAAAAUAAGAGAACAGGAAUGCGUUGAAGCAGACUUAAGAUUAGAGAUCACUCGUCUUCGCCAGUGUCUCUCUGCUUCCAAUUCCCACUUAGCCGAUCUGGACAGCGUUCGAAGGAAUCAAGAAGAUGUCAUUGCUACAUUAGAACAAGAUAAAACAUUGCUCCAAGAAGAACUGAUACAACUGCGUGUUGGAGCAGAGAGAUCGCAGGGACUAUGUGAUAUAAUAACUCAGUUAGAGGAAGAGAAAAAACAACUGUUGCAGAGGAUAGAGAAAAUAGAUAUUGAAGAACAGUGGAGAGAAAGUCUCAUAAAGGUUAACGCGCAGUUACAAGAACAA